AUGCGAACGCAGUCGAGGGAAAAGCAAGCACAAACAGCCACGGCUUGUUCCUUGGAUCUUGGACCGUUGAGCGGUCAGUCCGGGCAAGGUCAAAAGCAGAAAGGGCGGCACCUGAUGCUCUUCACCGUCACUGUCCGUGCCUCGCGCGCCUCAAGGGAUGAGAUUGAACCAAUUAUGCUUCUUGCGCUUGAGCUCGACGCUCGGCGCAGUCUGGUCUCCGACGUCUUGCAGCAAGGCUAUCGUCACAAUGCAAGGUCACGCGCCUCUGUCGAUGGCCACAAUGACCAAAGUGAAGUGAGAAGGCGGGCAUCUGGAGUCGAGGAACGGACAGGGAGACACGGCCGAGGCAGGGAGGUCGACUUGUCCUUGUUCGCAAAGAUGCCAUUCAGCCAGCGCGAGAUGAUGCAUGGUCGCAGAUACGUGGUGGCAUGGUGA